CUGGCAAUUGUAAAAAACUUAUUGGCUCAUGAGUUCAUGUUUUUCUGCCACGAAUUUGGAACCUUAUUUCACAAUAUCAUAAACUCUUGACCUUCUUCAAAUCUUGUUAAUCGAAUGGAGUCUCCGAGUAAAUAACCUCAGCUCACGAUGUAUUCUGAACCUUUAAACAUAACCCAACUUGUAAGUAUGCUCACCAACCCUAGCCCACUUUCGUGAUGAUAGCAUCUCUCGAAACCCUCCAAAUAAAACUGAAAUCAUGCAGCAUUGUGUCUCCGAGCCUUUCACUUUGUUCCUGAUACGUGCCACUACCUAACCGAGUUUAAGGCUGCGAGUUACGACGACAUUGUCAAGUCUGAAACUCGGUCGCAGCGGUCAUUGUCACUGCAUACUAAACGUCUUAUCAAUCGUUAAGUUUCUAACACUCCCUUUUAUCUCAGUUCAACACUAAAUUGCUGUCUGCUAGAUUGCCUCUGCCAGGCCCUUGUGUAGUUGUGUCAUCGUCACUAGAAACUAGAUAGGCACUACGUAAUUUAGCAAGCGCGGGGUGUAAACUUGUAAUUUCGUUUGAUCUCGGUUUUGGGGUUUAUAACAUGGUCUCACACCAAGUGGUGAAGUCACGGAACGAUAUAAUCGUGCAGUGGACGAUACGACCCAUCAACCUUGUCACUUACUGUCCAUAUCAAAUAUCACGCGGGGGUUUACCCACCAAGUAUUACGUGAUCUUAUCAAAUUUGAGUUUCUUUUGGAAGUUUUCUUUUACCUUUUUUAAAGAUUAUCUCUAACUUGUUGUUGAUAGGGUGCCGAUAAUGGGUUUCGUGACGUUACUACUCUGUCAGAUUUUCCUGAUUUUCUCGGGAGAAUGCGCUUCUUUGGGCAGACUGAUAGAUUCAGAACGGCCAGUGGAGCUCUCAAAAGAUGCCGAAACCGGGGACUUGCAAGGAACAGAUUUCGUCUUCACCGAAAUGUCUUCAUCUACCCAACCGUCUCGCACAGAGUUCGCGUUCCCCUUAGACAGUCUGCCUGGUGAAGAAGAAGUGUCUUCAACACCCCCUGGAGCUGAAGUGUCUUCAACACCUCCCGGAGCUGAAGUGUCUUCAACGCCUCCUGGAGCUGAAGUGUCUUCAACACCUUCUGGAAGGGACGAAGAAGUUACUUUUUCCAGCACCUCACCACCAAAAGAAGAAGAUGUUUCUUCUUCUGAAGCGGGAAGAGUAGAGCCUUCUUCUUCUACUGAAGCAAGAAGAGCCGUGGUAACAUCAUCAACAACAUCGCCCGUUAGAGAAGAGUUCACAACCCAAAUCACUGAAAGUGCUGAUGAAAUUAAUACUUCAUCCACCACCGGAGGAAGCCGAGAGGUUGUGGUAACAUCACCCACCACUGAAGAAAGCCGAGAGAUUGUAGUAACUUCAACUACAACUGAAGAAAGUCGAGAGAUUGUGGUAACAUCACCAACUACAGGUGCUGCACGAAAGGAACUCACCAUGCAGGUGACGACCGAUGGCCAAAGAGAAAAAAUAAUGACAUCACCGACCACCGAAAACAUGAGAGAAAAAGAAAACACUUCACAGACUCAUGUUGAAGAAAAGUGGGCAUCCGCAAUAACAUCAACAACCAGUGCAAAAAUAGAUGUAUCUUCGCCCACCGACGAGGAGAACCAGGAAAUCACAUCUCCCACGACUCCUUUCCAACCUGAAACACCGUCUACACCAUCAGUCUCAGUCGAAACAAGUUCAACAGAAAGCGGCAGAGACGCCAAAUCAAGCACACCCCAAACAGAAGUGGAAUCUGGUGUAAGUUCAACUCCUAACCAGAUAGUUACAGCUGAUGCUGAUUUAACAACAGCUGCCACUGAGAAACCAUCAGUGAGCUGCAAUGCUACAGCUAUUACUUUCGGUUCAACUGAAUCCUCCAAAACAGACGUUACAACUGAGUACAUUGAGACAGAAGGCUCGACUCUACCUACAUCUGGGACAGAAGGCACAACUGAUCGCAUCGAAAUGGAAAGCACAACUGAAACCUCCGAAACAGAAGGCACAACUGAUCACAUCGAGAUAGAAAGCACGACUGAAUACAUUGAAACAGAAGGCGCAACUGAAUACAUUGAAACAGAAGGCUCGACUCUCCCAACUAGUGAACUUGUCAGUGAAACCCCAACCGUUUUUAUCGGAGAUAAAAAGUCUGAACCACCCAAAACGGAAUCUAUCCCUCUCUCUUCUUCAACCCCUGUUGCUGUUGAAACUAGCAAACUAAGGACCGUGAUGACCACCACUCCAACAGCUAUACGAACCAAAGACUCUGAAAACGACGUAGAGACUGUAUCCGCGACUUCUAAAAUCUUCAAGAACCGAUCAUCAAGAAGUUCGUCAGUAACCGUGAUGUCAACCACAGCAAGUGGCGUUGUGACGAGGAAGCAGUUCAAAUCAGAUGGUGGUUCUAUUAGUAUUACCACCCAGAACCCUUCCAACACUAGGAUUACCAUCACCAAAGGAGAGAACGGGACCCGAGUUAAGAUAAGGUCCACCAGAGCCACUGGAACCAAACACCGACCCCAAUUCACGGACUCAACCACCCCCACCAUGUCCUCAACCAAAGAGGUGUUCACUACGGGUACCAGGAGCGCGGUGACAACAGGGGAUUACAUCACGGAGACUGUGUCGGUUACCCCGACCGAGACUGUGACGGAGUCAGGGACUGUUGCUACUACUGGUAAUGGUGUCUCCACUGAGGACCCCUUUACUACCUCUCCUAUUCUUACAGAGACCAGCAGCCCUCAGGAAGGUAAAACUUACGAAACCUACACCGAGUCCGCUACAACACAAGUGGAGCCAACCCCCACUGCUCUUCAGAGCACUGCGUUCAAGACAGCCGGCACCGGCACUACUGACUACAUAACGGUCAUCGAGAGCACGCCUGAAACCGAAACCGAAAGUGAAACCGAAAGUGUGAACGAAAGUGGAACUGAACUCCCAAGCGAAGAAGCGGAGGUAACAAGGGAGCCCGUGAUGUUCACAACUGACAGUGUCCCAUUGUCAACUGUUUUGGGAGUAAUGGAUAAUUCCACUAUGGAACAACAUUCCACCGAAAAAGUAACAGAGAAAGCUGAGGAACAAACAGUUGCCGAGACAACCAAAGCCAAGACCACAGAAUCAGCGAAUGAAAUACAGAUAACUGAAAGUAAAGAUGGAUUUAAUACCACCCAAAGUAACACCGUUACUGAAUUGUUUUCAGUACAGGAAAACAAUUCAGUAGCCACAGUCGACAAUGCCAGCGAGAUGGCUGAUCGUUCCGAUGCUCCAGUUGUUGUAACUGACGCUCCUGUGGUUGAAACAGAUGAUCCAGUUGUUGUAACUGACGCUCCUGUGGUUGAAACAUUUGCUCCAGUUGUUGUAACUGACGCCAAUGUGGUUGAAACAGAUGCUCCAGUUGUUGAAACAGAUGCUCCAGUUGUUGAAACAGAUGCUCCAGUUGUUGAAACAGAUGCUCCAGUUGUUGAAACCGAAGCUCCUGUGGUCGACAAUGCCAGCGAAAUGGCUGAACGUUCCGAUGUAACAAGAGUGGAGGAGGUGGAGGAACCUGUUGUAACAGAAUCCGUUGACGUUGUAACCGUGAUGGAAGAAACUGUGACAGACAGUCCUGAGGUGCCCGUUGUUGUCUCUGAAGCGGCCGUGAUUGAAGGAGUGAUAACCAAUGCUCCCCUAGAUGGCGAGUCAACCUAUGCAUCGACACAUAUGUCGCAUCAACCUACAGUCACGAAGUACGAAUACCAGGCUAAAUCAAGCCCCAUCACAACAGAAACUGCUGCAGAACCGACAAAAGCUCCCGUUCAAACUGAAGUACCAGUUGUUGAAACCGACGCACCAAUUGUUGAAACCGAAGCAGCAGUCGUUGAAAUUGUAAGAGAAGAUACCGAAGUUCCACAAGAGAUCACCGAAGCUCCAGCGCCCACAGUUCUUGUUUCUGAAGCAGCUGAACAAACUGAACCCAUGGAUCCCAAAACAUUAACACCAUACGUUCGACCCGAAACGGAUGCUCCAUUUGUAACGGUCGAGGAAACCGAGGCACCAGUGGAUGAAACCGAUGCUCCAGUUGCUGUAACUGACGCCCCAGUCGUUGAAAUUGUAAAGGAAGAUACCGAAGUUCCUCAAGAGAUCACCGAAGCUCCAGCACCCACAGUUCUUGUGUCUGAAGCAGCUGAACAAACUGAACCCAUGGAUCCCAAAACAUUAACACCAUACGUUCGACCCGAAACGGAUGCUCCAUUUGUAACGGUCGAGGAAACCGAGGCACCAGUGGAUGAAACCGAUGCUCCUUUAGUUGUAACUGACGCUCCAGUCGUUGAAAUUGUAAGAGAAGAUACCGAAGUUCCUCAAGAGAUCACCGAAGCUCCAGCGCCCACAGUUCUUGUUUCUGAAGCAGCUGAACAAACUGAACCCAUGGAUCCCAAAACAUUAACACCAUACGUUCGACCCGAAACGGAUGCUCCAUUUGUAACGGUCGAGGAAACCGAGGCACCAGUGGAUGAAACCGAUGCUCCAGUUGCUGUAACUGACGCCCCAGUCGAUGAAAUUGUAAAGGAAGAUACUGAAGUUCCUCAAGAGAUCACCGAAGCUCCAGCACCCACAGUUCUUGUUUCUGAAGCAGCUGAACAAACUGAACCCAUGGAUCCCAAAACAUUAACACCAUACGUUCGACCCGAAACGGAUGCUCCAUUUGUAACGGUCGAGGAAACCGAGGCACCAGUGGAUGAAACCGAUGCUCCAGUUGCUGUAACUGACGCCCCAGUCGUUGAAAUUGUAAGAGAAGAUACUGAAGUUCCUCAAGAGAUCACGGAAGCUCCAGCACCCACAGUUCUUGUUUCUGAAGCAGCUGAACAAACUGAACCCAUGGAUCCCAAAACAUUAACACCAUACGUUCGACCCGAAACGGAUGCACCAUUUGUAACGGUCGAGGAAACCAAGGCACCAGUGGAUGAAACCGAUGCUCCAGUUGCUGUAACAGAUGCUCCAGUUGUUGAAACAGAUGCUCCAGUUGUUGAAACAGAUGCUCCAGUUGUUAUAACUGACGCUCCAGUUGUUGAAACAGAUGCUCCAGUUGUUGAAACCGAUGCUCCAGUUGCUGUAACAGAUGCACCAGUUGUUGAAUCUGAUGUUCCAGUUGUUGAAACAGAUGCUCCAGUUGUUGAAACAGAUGCUCCAGUUGUUGAAACAGAUGCUCCAGUUGUUGUCACUGACGCUCCUGUGGUUGAAACUGACGCUCCAGUUGUUGUAACUGACGCUCCUGUGGUUGAAACUGACGCUCCAGUUGUUGAAACAGAUGCUCCAGUUGUUGAAACAGAUGCUCCAGUUGUUGUAACUGACGCUCCAGUUGUUGAAACAGAUGCUCCAGUUGUUGAAACAGAUGCUCCAGUUGUUAUAACUGACGCUCCAGUUGUCGAAACAGAUGCUCCAGUUGUUGAAACACAUGCUCCAGUUGUUGUAACUGACGCUCCAGUUGUUGAAACGGAUGCUCCAGUUGUUGAAACAGAUGCUCCAGUUGUUAUAACUGACGCUCCAGUUGUUGAAACGGAUGCUCCAGUUGUUGAAACAGAUGCUCCAGUUGUUAUAACUGACGCUCCAGUUGUUGAAACAGAUGCUCCAGUUGUUGAAACAGAUGCUCCAGUUGUUGUAACUGACGCUCCAGUUGUUGAAACUGACGCUCCAGUUGUUGAAACAGAUGCUCCAGUCGUUGAAAUCGUUGAAAUUGUAAGAGAAGAUACCGAAGUUCCUCAAGAGAUCACCGAAGCUCCAGCUCCGGUUGUCACAAUAAAAGAAGGCCCAGGAGAAUUGGCCGUUACUGUAAAGGAAGACCCAGCACCUGAUUUUACUUCGGCCGAAACGUUACCUGAACCAAGUGAAAAUAAUUACGUGGAGGAUGAUGAGCCUAUAAAUGAGAUUGAGCCGACUAAUUCUAAUUCUGUUGAGCUGGUUACUGUAAAGCAGGGAAAGUCAACAAGUUCGGGAUCGAGACUAAAUAUCAGUUAUAUUUUCCAUGCGGUACUAUUUCUGAUGGCUAUCAAUCUGACGUAAUAAAAUUGAAGUGAAUGCUUUUAAAACUAUUAGGAUCGAUUUAGGAUAUUUUAUGAGUUAAAGCAGAUAAUGAGAUAAAGACAAAUUGCUUGAGAGUUGAAGUGGUCUACGUGAGUUUUAGCUGUGGAUAAAGACGUUCGAUCGGUGUUUUGUGUUGUAUCAAAGACCCCAGAAAGACCACUCCUCAGCAAAUGUAGCUCCUCGUGCCCCUAAUACUUUAAUAAGGGCCCCUUAUCAGAGUUACGAGUUUUAGAGCCAAAUGUUACAAGACAGAAUAAAAUUUGUACACCAACAA